UUUGCCCUCUCUCCAGGAGCCGGGCUUUGCUGAGGUGCUGCCCAACCUGACAGCCCAGGAGAUGGACUGGCUGGUGCUGGGGGAGCUGAAGAUGGCCCUGGAGAGGGCAGGGGGGCCAGGGCUGCGCAUCAGUGGACACAUUGCUGCCAGGCAGAGCUGCGAUGUCCUGCAAAGUGUCCUUUGCGGGGCCGAUGCCCUGAUCCCGGUUCAGACGGGUGCAGCCGGCUCAGCCAGCCUGACACUACUAGGAAAUGGCUCUCUGAUCUACCAGGUACAGGUGGUGGGUACAGGCAGUGAGGUGGUGGCCAUGACACUGGAGACCAAGCCUCAGCGGAGGAACCAGCGUACUGUCCUGUGCCGCAUGGCUGGAGUCCAGUCCGGAGGACACACAGCUGUGGGUGUCUGCCCUGGACUGGGUGCCCGAGGGGCUCAUAUGCUGCUGCAGAAUGAGCUGUUCCUUAAUGUGGGCACCAAGGACUUCCCAGAUGGAGAACUGAGGGGGCAUGUGGCUUCCCUGCCCUAUAGUGGACACAGCACCCGCCAUGACACACUGCCCGUGCCCCUGGCAGGAGCCCUGGUGUUGCCCCCUGUGCAGAGCCAGGCAGCAGGACAUGCCUGGCUCUCUCUGGAUACCCACUGUCACCUGCACUAUGAAGUGCUGCUGGCUGGGCUUGGUGGCUCAGAACAGGGCACAGUCACUGCCCACCUCCUAGGGCCUCCUGGGAUGCCAGGGCCCCGGCGGCUGCUGAAGGGAUUCUAUGGCCCAGAGGCCCAGGGUGUGGUGAAGGACCUGGAGCCUGAGCUGCUGCGGCACCUGGCACAGGGCACUGCCUCCCUGCUGAUCACCACCAAGGGUAGCCCGCACGGGGAGCUCCGGGGGCAGGUGCACAUCGCCAACCAAUGCGAGGUGGGCGGCCUGCGCCUGGCGGCCGCGGGGGCCGAAGGAGCGUGGGCCCCGGACUCAGCGGCGCUGCCCGCGCUACCGGCCGUGCUUGGCCAGGACGCCCCCGCGCCGGCCAAACCCGGCGGCCCCGGGCGGCCGCGAGACCCCAACACGUGCUAUUUCGAGGGGCAGCAGCGCCCCCACGGGGCUCGCUGGGCGCCAAACUACGACCCGCUCUGCUCGCUUUGCACCUGUCAGAGACGCACAGUGAUUUGUGACCCCGUGGUGUGCACGCCGCCCAAGUGUCCCAGCCCAGUUCAGGCACCGGAUCAGUGCUGUCCUGUGUGCCCAGAGAAACAAGAUGUCAGAGACCUGUCCGCACUGUCACGGACCAGAGACCCUGGAGAGGGCUGCUAUUUUGAUGGUGACCGGAGCUGGCGGGCAGCGGGUACCCGGUGGCAUCCUGUCGUGCCCCCCUUUGGCUUAAUUAAAUGUGCUGUCUGCACCUGCAAGGGGGGCACUGGAGAGGUGCACUGUGAGAAGGUGCAGUGUCCUCGGCUGGCCUGUGCCCAGCCUGUCCGUGCCAACCCCACUGACUGCUGCAAACAGUGUCCAGUGGGGUCAGGGGCCCACCCCCAAUUGGGGGACCCCAUGCAGGCCGAUGGGCCCCGGGGCUGCCGUUUUGCAGGGCAGUGGUUCCCAGAGAGCCAGAGCUGGCACCCCUCAGUGCCUCCCUUUGGGGAGAUGAGCUGUAUCACCUGCAGAUGUGGAGCAGGGGUGCCCCACUGUGAACGGGAUGAUUGUUCACUGUCACUGCCCUGUGGUCCAGGGAAGGAGAGUCGCUGCUGUUCCCACUGCACACCCCGGCGAUCAGCCCUGGAGACCAGGACAGUUCCAGAGCUGGAGAAAGAAGCUGAAGGCUCCUAGGAGGCAGCCAGAAGGCCACAUGACCAAGAGGACGGGCCUGGGUUGGGGGAAGGAGUGGCGCCAAGGGCCCUGCGUUCUCCUGUGGGAAAUCAAGUGCCUUCGGCUCCUCUUUUCUGCCUCUUCUCCCUCCCCCCACUACCUCUGGGAACCACAAUUCCAUAAGGGGAAGGGUCAGCCAGGGCAGACCGAGGCCACGGCCACUCUGUCUCCUGCCAGGUCACCCUCCAGCCUCUGCCUUAGAAGCCCAACCCCUUUCUUUCUGUACAUAAUGUCACUGGCUUAUUGGGAUUUUUAAUUUAUCCUCACUCAGCACCAAGGGUCCCUCCACUUCACUCCUGCUGCCCCUGAGCUGAGCAGAGUCAUUAUUGGAGAUUUUUGUAUUUAUUAAAACUUUUUGUUUUUCAGUC